GUUUCUUAACCUGAGCAAAAGUGAAGGCUGCUGGUUCCAUAGACCACGACAGAAAUGUGUUUCUCUGCAGAAACACCCUAUAAAUAAUUUUCCGGAGCAACUAGGUGAGGGGACUCUGGGUCUCUAUUUAAUGACCAUUUUGAUUCCUUUUGCUGUGUAUUUCUGUCCCUUCCUUGACAAUCCCUGAAUUCCUGAACUGUCCCCCAGACUUUGUGUUUACAAAGUACCUAGAGGCUCUUGUCAGCCUGGUGGGGGAGAAGAGCAAUCUACCAACUCUCUCCAAGUUCUCCUGAGCUGUCAAAUGCAAUUAGACUAAGUUUAUCAGGGUUUGUUUCCAACUUCCUCUCUCCAAUUGGUUUCUAAUCUUUCUCCCCACCCUCCGGUUACUCGCUCCCCUCCCCCACACCUUCUCCACGGCUCCCCACCCUCUGAAGACCUCUAUUCAUGUGGCCCUGAACACUGAAACCAGCUUUGCCUGCAAUAGCCAGCCCCAGCCUCUUGCACCUCACCAUCCCAGAGGCAGUGAUCAUUGUGUCCAACAAGAUGGGGGACACAGCGCCCCCGCAGGCCCCCGCAGGAGGGUUAGGGGGGGCUUCUGGGGCGGGGCUCCUUGGAGGGGGCUCAGUCACCCCGAGAGUGCACAGUGCUAUUGUGGAACGCUUGAGGGCUCGCAUUGCUGUCUGUCGACAGCACCACCUGAGCUGUGAAGGACGCUAUGAACGUGGUAGGGCUGAGAGCUCAGACCGAGAGAGGGAAAGCACCAUGCAGCUCCUCAGCCUGGUUCAGCAUGGCCAGGGGGCAAGGAAGCCUAGCAAACACGCUAAGGCUGCAGCCACGACUGCCACCACCACAGCCCCUCCACCGCCCCCUGCUGCCCCUCCUGUGGCCUCCCAGGCAGCAGCCCCAGCCCCAGCACUUCCACCAGACUAUCAUCAUCACCAUCACCAGCACAGGCUGACCAGUAAUGAUAACAGUGGGAUAAACCGAGAGCAGCAGCCAUCAGCUUCGACCCCCGGGGACCAGAGGAACUCGGCCCUGCUUGCGCUCCAAGGCUCCCUGAAAAGAAAACAAGUCAUCAACCUGUCUCCUGCCAACAGCAAGAGACCCAAUGGUUUUGUGGACAGCUCAUUCCUUGACAUCAAAAGGCUCAGGGCUGGGGAGAACAUUUCUACAGGUCAGGGUCCCCUCCCGGUAAAUAAUGGACAAAGUCAUAUGUUGCCGGGGUCCUUGCCCAUGAGCCAAGCACCGCUGAGGAAGACUAAUGUACUACCGCCUCCUGCACAUUCUCCUGGCAGCAACAUGUUUAACAUGGGCUUAAAGGAGGUGAAGAAAGAACCUGGGGAGACCCUGUCUUGCAGUAAGCACAUGGAUGAACAAAUGACCCAGGAGAGUGUGUUUACUAACAGGUUUGGAGAUGACCCUGGAGAGCAGCUGAUGGACCCUGAGCUGCAGGAGCUAUUCAAUGAAUUGACCAACAUCUCAGUGCCUCCCAUGAGUGACCUAGAGCUGGAGAACAUGAUCAAUGCCACCAUUAAGCAGGAUGACCCGUUCAGCAUGGACUUGGGUCAGCAAAGCCAGAGGAGCACGCCUCGACCCUCCCUGCCCAUGGAGAAGAUCAUUAUCAAGAGUGAAUAUUCACCCGGCUUGACACAAGGCACUGCAGGCUCUCCCCAGCUGAGGCCCCCAUCAGCUGGCCCUGCAUUUUCCUUGGCCAACUCUGCCCUCUCCGCUUCAUCCCCAAUCCCCACAGUCCCUCAGAGUCAGCCUCAGACAGUAUCAGGAGCAAACAGGGCCCUGCCAAGCUGGCAAGAAGUAUCCCAUGCCCAACAGCUCAAGCAGAUAGCUGCAAACCGUCAGCAACAUGCACGGAUGCAGCAACAGCAGCAGCAGCAGCAGCAGCAGCCACCUCCCCCCUGGCCAGCCUUGCAGUCCUCUGCUGGGCCAUCCCCAGGGGCAUUUGUGCAGGAAAAAAUCCCCAGUCCUUCCUUCUCCCAGCAGCCAUUCAGCCCACAGGGGUCGCCCAUGCCUGUGGUGGCUGGCAACAGCAGCCAGUCCAAAGCUGCGCCCAACUAUACAUACAAGGCCAGUCCCUCAGCCCAGGCAGGACACCUGGAUGUGCUUUUGCAGCAAAAGCCUCAGGAUCUCAGUCGAAGUUUUAUUAACAACCCACACCCAAGCUUGGAGCCCCGGCAUGGAAACACCAAGCCUUUGUUCCAUUUUAACUCAGACCAAGCGAACCAGCAGAUGCCUUCUCUUUUGACUUCCCAGAACAAGCCUCCUCUCCUGCACUACACCCAGCAGCAGCAGCAGCAACAGCAGCAACAACAGCAACAGCAAGGCUCACUGGUAGCUCAGCAGCAGCAGCAACAGCCACAGCCACAAAGCUCAUUGGUAGCUCAGCAGCAGCAACAGCAACAGCAGCAGCAGCAGCAGCAGCAGCAGCAGCAACAGCAGCAGCAACAGCAGCAGCAACAACAGCAGCAGCAGCAGCAGCAGCAGCAGCCAUCCCAACCCACCCAACCUUUAUCAAGCCAGCCUUUGCUAAGGUCACCUUUGCCACUUCAGCAAAAGAUCAUGCUUCAGAAAAUGCAGAGUCAGUCCAUUGGAAACCUCGGAUAUCAAGUCACUCAACAGCACAGACAGGAUCAACACACUGUGGUAGGCCAGAGCACAGGCCCCAGUCCAAGUCCCAACUCCUGCUCAAAUCCAAACACUGGCAGUGCCUAUAUGAACUCCCAGCAAUCCCUGUUGAAUCAGCAGAUGAUGGGGAAGAAACAGACCCUGCAGAGGCCAACGAUGGAGCAGAAGCAGCAACUUCUCCUCCAGCAGCAGAUGCUGGCUGACUCGGAGAAAAUCUCCCCUCAGGAUCAGAUGAACCGACACCUGACCAGGCCACCCCCGGACUACAAAGACCAGAGAAGAAAUCCGGGCAGUCUGCAGCCACCUGCUCAGUAUUCUGGUGGCUCCUCUACGGUGACUUUGAAUUCUAACCAGGCUUUGACAAACCCAGUUUCAACACAUACCAUUUUAACUUCGAACCCCAGCCUCAUGUCUACAUCUCAUGGGAUGAGGAUGCCGUUGUUGUCCACAGCAGUUCAGAACAUAGGGAUGUAUGGAAACCUGCCGUGUAACCAGCCUGGCACCUACAAUGUCACUUCCGCCAUGAAUCAGCUGACCCAACAAAGAAAUACAACUCAACUGAUAACAAAUCAGAACAACCCUCUGAUGCCACGGCCAUCUUCCUUAGGGGCAAAUAACGGUAACAACGUGGCCACCUUUGGAGCUGGGUCUGUUGGCAAUUCACAACAGUUAAGACCAAAUUUGGCUCACAGUUUGGCAGGCAUGCCAGCCCAGAGGUCAUCAUCUGUCAUGAUCACAUCCAACACGACAGCAACAAACUGGGCUUCUCAAGAUGUAACAGUGAAGCAACAGGAAGCCCUCAAAUCCACAGGAGUCCGCUUCCCAACAGGUACCCCUGCAGCAUAUACCCCAAACCAGUCACUGCAACCAGGAGUGGGGAGCCAGCCCUUUCCCCAGAGGGCGGUGGCGCCACCUAGCCAGUUAACGCCAGCAGUGCAAAUGAGACCUAUGAACCAAAUGAGUCAGACAUUAAAUGGGCAAACCCUGGGUCCACUCAGGGGUUUGAACCUCAGACCCAAUCAGCUGAGCACACAGAGUCUGUCUAACAUGAACCCAUCAGGAACAGGAUUGAAUCAGCAGAGGACAGGCACCAACCAGCCACCAUCCCUGACACCUAACACUUUUCCUUCAUCCAACCAAAGCUCCAGGGCUUUUCAAGGAACUGACCACAGUAGCGACUUAGCCUUUGACUUCCUCAGCCAACAGACGGACAGUAUGGGCCCUGCCCUAAACAGUGAUGCUGAUUUCAUCGAUUCCUUGCUGAAGACAGAGCCCGGCAAUGACGACUGGAUGAAAGACAUCAAUCUUGAUGAAAUCCUGGGAAACAAUUCCUAAGGAGAAACAGAAGGUGGUUUGCAGGCUCCAAGCAUCAAUUUACAAGGACACUGCAAUGCCAAACUGCUAACUCCCGGGUGGACUAUAAGCACCAAAACAGAAAGUUGGCAGUAACCACAGUGGUGAAAAUUUUGGUUUGCAUGCUUGUUUUAAAAAUGUUGAGCCUGAUAGGAAAACAUCAAGAUAAAUUUUCCCUGCCUGAACUUCAGCACAUGUUGUCCAGUUUAUUCAAACACAACUGUGAUAUUGAUGUGUAAUGAACUGUGUAAAAUGGUCUUCCCGAGCUCCUUUUCUCGAGGAAGGAAAUAUAAUGGAACUUGAGACUGGUUUCAGUCCCGUAUCAUAGACAGGUGUUUGUUCUGAGCAACAGGCAGCAGACUGCCAUCUGUUUUAAUAGAUAAGUAUGCGUUGAUUUCUCCACUAUCUUUCCUUGUCCUAAAGCUUGCAGGAAAGAGUGAAAUGUUACAUGGUUGUUUGGAGUAACCUACAGGAAUCCUAAGAGAGAACCAGAAAACCUAGGAGCCAUCCAGCAAACUAUACAAUUUCUUUCCUAGAUGUACUCCUCAUUUUUGUAAUUUUUGGUGGGAUGCUGUGUCUCGUGAUAAGACAGGAAUGCAGGGCUUCCAGCUUGACUGGCCCUUCCUUACCAGUUUUUAUAGAUAAUUAAGACUCGUGCUGAUCACACUGAUGUAUCUGUGCACAACUGCCUGCAUCAAAUUCCACUUCAAAAAAUUUGAACCAUGCCAUGUAAGACACAACCAUGGCCACAGACAACCAGAGUUCUUCUCGCUGUAGUUGGUGCCCACUUGUUUGUUCCCCAAAAGAGUGGAAUUAAUUGUCCUCAUAUUUUUUGGUAGCCAGAGACUGUUUUGUUUUAAAAAAAAAAAAAAAGGAGAAGAGAGAGAGAGAGAGAAAGAAAGAAAGAAAGAAAGAAAGAAAGAAAGAAAGAAAGAAAGAAAGAAAGAGAAAGAUUUAAUUAGAGUGAGACUGGAGAGUAUCCUGUUUGAUUGGACUUGAGAAACAGAAGAAGGGUAUGAAUGGGCACAAAGCUAUUUCACAGAGUUUAGAGGGAGUAUAACUGAGAGACAAUAUAGACUUUCCUUGGACAGAGUACUUGGACUUGGGUGAACAGCUGAGCCCAGGGUGGCCUGUAAGUAGCCACCUACUCACACUAUUCACGAUACAGUGAAUCCUUGCCAUAUGGUGCCUGGGCCCUUCUUAGCCAGGUUUCCUUGCUCAGGGCUGAGUGUUAGAGCAAAACAUGGAUUUGUUUGGGUCACUGAACCUCAGUGCCCACGUCUUUGUACACUGCAAAGUGGAAGAGGUGUCCUGGUUAGGGAUGCCUUUAAAAGACCACACCAUGUUCCUAAAUCCAGAGAAUCAAAGGUUACUGUCAACCUUUGAGUUAUACAUUCACAUACUUAAAUAUAAAGUGUGAUUUAACUCAAGUCUUCUAAGCACCAAAUCGUCACAAAUCUGUUCAGACAAGGAAGACAUUUUUAAAGCUCUGUAAAGCCCUCUUUCAGCCUUUAUAAUGCUAUUGGGUUCUCUCCUUCUUUUCCACUGCUCCAAUAUCACUGGCCCAGAAUCUUUU